AUGGCUGAGUGCGCUAUUGAUGUUAGGCAUGAGGUUGGUUGUGCUAUUGAUGCUGGGCAUGAGGUUGGUUAUGCGUGUGAAUCUCUUCUAGAGGUGAUGGCAGAAAAACUAGAAAUUCGAUACGGAAGGCUGAGAGAGACGACUGAGUGCGCUAUUGAUGUCGAGCAUGAGGUUGGUUAUGCUAUUGAUGCUGGGCAUGAGAAAUUUGAUGAGGAGGAUGACAACCAAGAACCACUAGUAGAAGGAGAAGGAGAUGAUUCUGAUGAUUGGCAUGAAAAUAAAGUGACCGAAGAAGAGUGGGUUGGUACGACAAACAAUUCGAAGAAAGCGAGGGCUUUGACGUUGACAAACUUCCUGAUAACCAGUUGUGUGGUUUGA